AUGUCCAUCCGUUUCCUCACCGCGCGGCUGGCCCAACAGAUUGAUGAGGAGCUUAUGAAUGCAGUUGGAGCGUUCAGUUUGGAUCAGUUGAUGGAGCUGGCUGGGUUGGCCUGCGCCCAAACGCUAUCUACAGUGUACAGCAAGGAAAAGUAUCCGAAAGUCUUGGUAUGUUGUGGACCAGGAAACCAAGGGGGAGAUGGAUUAGUUGCGGCUAGACAUCUUGCAAUGUUUGGUUACAAACCAACGAUAUACAUGCCCAAGCCAGGCUCAAAAGACAUCUAUCAGCGCCUGCAAAAACAAUGUGUCAAUAUGGACAUCCCCAUCAUUCCACCCUCAGCAUCUGUUGAGGAGCUGUUUCUUGCCCUCUCGUCCUCGAACGUUAUUCUGGAUGCCAUUUUUGGGUUUUCGUUCAAACCUCCAGUGCGGGCACCGUUUUACGAUGCCCUGGAGUUUAUAUCUGAAUCCGGGCUUCCGAUUGUCUCGGUAGAUAUUCCAAGUGGAUGGGAUGUCGAAUUCGGAAAUGCAGAAGGCGUCGGGCUGAAUCCUGAUGUCCUACUCAGUUUGACAGCACCGAAGAUAGGAGCAAAGUACUUCAAGGGAAGGCAUUUCCUCGGAGGGCGUUUCGUGCCAAAGGCAAUUCAGGAGAAGUUCCAGCUCAAUCUUCCCGAGUAUCCUGGAUUCGAUCAAAUCGUGGAACUACCGAGGAACUAGCUUUGACUAUGGUACUUAUGACAUGGGUAGGAGUGACAAGACGGUUGCACCGUCAAAUAUGAAUGCAAUCUCAGGCAGACAACCCUCAUAAUGAGUCCGAUCUUGCUCUUUCCAGCUUCCUACGGCUACCAUAUGUAACGGCUUUUCGUCGAGAACUCCACGGGGGUUUGUCCAGCAAUGAUGGCAGAUACCAUAGGAUGAAGCUCAACGAGUCAAUAUCAAUGACGCCCGUGAGUACAUGCCAGUACAUAAGUUUUGAACCGUGCUCUUGAAAGCAAUGAUUGAGCCGAAGUUAUUUGCUGGGUUACCAUUUAUAAGUCUCGUUUUCCUCUGUAGCAUCGUAGUGGCGCAGGCGCCAGCCCCCGACUCGCUUAUUCCUAGCAUGUGUCGUGUCCAUCGAAUUAAACACAGGCUAGUUUUUAUUUCAUUUUGCGUUGCAAGCUGA